GGGAAGCUGGAGGAGGAGGUGGCGGCGAUGCUGAGGGUGCUGCGGGUGCUGCCACCCACGCGGGAGCUCUUGGAGGACGUGGGGCCGGAGGAGGUGGUGGCCAUCGCCCAUCAAGCGGCGCGGGACUUCAUGGAGGUCUACGUGGCGUGCCCGGCCAUCGUGCCCCGGUGCAUGUGGGGUGCCCGUCCCUACCGGGGCACCCCCAAACCGUUGACCCUCCCACUGGGCUCCGUCUACAUCCACCACACCUUCAUACCCAGCGCCCCAUGCCGCACCUUCACCGCCUGCGCCCACGCCAUGCGCUUCAUGCAACGCUUCCACCAGGACACUCGCGGCUGGGAUGACAUCGGCUACAGCUUCGUGGUGGGGUCGGAUGGGUAUCUGUACCAAGGCCGAGGUUGGCAUUGGGUUGGUGCCCACACCAAAGGCUACAACAGCAAAGGCUACGGCGUGGGCUACGUUGGAAACUUCUCGGCCACCCUGCCGGACCCUGACACCAUCGCCCUGGUGCGGGAUGGGCUCCUGCCCUGUGCCGUGCGGACCGGCCGGCUCCACCAUAACUACACCCUCCGUGGCCACCGCCAGAUGGGUAACACCGACUGUCCCGGCAACUCCCUCUUCCAUGAGAUUGAGACCUGGCAUGGCUUCGAG